AAACAAAUUUUGUUAUUCCCAAUAUGAUCAGGGAAAAAAAGAAUAGAACACCGUACAUGAAAAAUUUCUCUACAAAAUUGUUGAUGAUACUAAGAUCUACUAUUCAUGCUAGAGAUGACGUCAAGGAAGAUAUCCUCCGGAAUAGGAAUUGUUAGCCCGCCCAUCGGAUGAUCAAAUCCAAAUUCUUCUUCAGCUUGACAGAGCAGGUCUUGGAAUGAAUGAUCCUUCAAGUAUGUUAUUGGCAGGACAAAGCGUUUCUUCUCGCCCUCGCCUACAUAGACUGCAAAGUGACCCUUAGGAACCUCACUUUCUCUUUUUGAUAUCGAGGAAGACCUUUUGAGGCCUCCUUGUUUCCCACGGAGAAUGCGCCCCAUACUGAUUGCCAUAUUUCUUUAGAAUCUGGAGGAAGCGUUAAAUGAAGAAACAGUUUGUGAAUGCUGAAAUAAUGUUCUGUGUGAACUUUGGAGGAAGUCCUUGAGUUUGAAUGGUGGUGAAUACCAACUAAAAUGUGUUUAUAUAGAUAUAUGAUACUUUAGAAGGUGCAAUAAGUGAUAUGAAGUUGAGAUAGCUCAACCACAUAUGUCAUUACCACAUGCUUUUGUCUUCCAAUUAUGUGCACUGCCAGCAUGGUUGGUACAGCAUAAGGAGUGGUAUUUGUGUAUGAAACGUUCUUUGGGAAAUCAUCAAUAGUUUAUACUGCCUAUGAACAUUAUUCCCCACAGGUUUCAAUGAAAUUGAAUAGAUAAUGGCAGCUCAACUACUUAUGCUAUUCAAAGAAUAAUGAGAGAUGAAGAUUCAUCGUAUUUUCCCAGAAAAUAGAUCAACUGAUUUGCUUCAAUGGGAAACAUAGCCAUGUGAUUCUGAUUACAUGUCUUCCUGAUUGAAGCUAAAUGGCCCCAUGUGUCUAGUUAGCACAUGGUUUUGCCUUCAUGAAGAACUGAAGCUUUUGCCAGCCUGCUGAACAUGAUAAAUAGAAGGCUUGCAUCUUCUGCAUUCUGAUUAACAGACACUGCUAUGGUUCCAAAAAAUUAUCUGCUUGAUUUAGUUCUUAGAAAUUCGGUGCAGUACUUCCUCUACUGUUACCUAUCUGUUGAAUUUUUCUCCGUACUCUCUAUUUGUGUUCAUCAGCAUCACUACACCAAGAAGGGCACAGAAAUGUGUCCACUGGUAUCCAUAAGUCCUGGUUUCUCUUCUUUGAAUGAUGAAUGGCUUCUUUAUUUGGAAUGUUACAAAGGGGUUGCCUGAAGAGAAAGCUCAAACCAUACUUUUUACAGCCUCAUUUAUGGUAGUCAUAUUUUGGCAAGGCAGAGAUUGGGGCAAAUGCUGGUUGAAAGAUCCUGAGCAGAAUGGCAUUUUUAGUAACUGUUUUGUAUAAUGGAGCUAGACUGCUAGAGUCAGCCAGCGUUGAUCACUCAGAAGAAAGCAUUUCGAUUCAUUAGAAUGUGAGGGAAUGAAGUUAUAGAGUAGUGUGAAGAGUAAAUGUCAAUGGCCCUUUGGAGUGGAAAGUUUUUCUUUCAGCCCUGCUUAAAACUCUCUUUCCUGCUUAAAACAGUUUCUUAGCAAUAAGUUCAAAAAUGAAAUGGAGCUACUUGGCUGAUUCUUUGGAUGUCAAGUACUGUAAUCAAUGGAGGCACUUUACAGGUUGAUGAGCCCAAAUCUUUGCUGCCUGCAUUCUGCGAUAUGCUUGGAUUUCCGGAAUCAAAGAAAUGUAUGAAAGUGUGGGGAUAAAAAACAAUACUUAAGAGAGAGCUGAAUUCAAAAUGUGAUGGCUUUCACCGAAUGCUUAGCAACGAAAUGGCUCGGCCUUAUUCGUUUCCAUCCAAGUUGCAACAAGUUACCACAUGGUUCUUCAGGAUGCUUAUUAUUUGCAACUGCUAUCUUGUGUGUUUCCAAUGAUCAGACACUUGCUAAAUUGCUAUAGUUGGUUGUGAGUAGUCUUGAAUGGUGCCAAAUGAAGCGCUGGCUAAUGGAAUCAUCACCAAAUCCAGGACUCCCGUGGCUUUCUUCGGCUUCCUGAAAUUUUCUCCCUUUAAUGGUUUAUUUACCUCAACUUUUGCAUAUAUUAACGUGACAGGUGCCUCAUCCAUCAUUCACGGUGAGCUCUUCUUGCAUCUUAUUUUUUUCCUAUUGAGAUUCAGAUUCGGUAAGUGCUAGUCGAACCUAACUCUGUUGACUCAACUUCCAAUUUAGAAUUAUAAUUUGUAACUCUUAAUUUCCAUAAGAGCUUGGAGAUAUCU